GGGGAGCAGGGGGGAAAAAAAAAACAAAAAAAACGCCGAAGCUCUUAAGAGACCGGAUCUCAAACCUGCUUUUCUGCAAAGAUACAAACAGCAGCAAGAAAGCAGCUGCUUAAGCAAAACCCCGCUGUUUUUUUUUUCCCCUUUCCUCCCCCUCCCCUUUAAAACAACAGCAAUUCUCUCCCCCUCCCCGUUUGCAAUCAGCAAAGCUGCCUUGGGAGAGAGAGAGAGAGAGAAAGAGAGAGGGGGAAAAAAACACGCACUCACGUACAGCACACAAACUCCGAGCAAGCGACCCACCGACCACUUUAAAAAAAAAAAACAGCUAUCCUCCCCUUCUUUUCCUAUUUUUCCCCCCCUUUUAAUUUUUAUUUUUGCAAACGGUUUUGCAACCGUUCGGAACCGGGGAAGCCACAGCGAUCCGAGAGAAAAGAGAGAGCGAGAGACAGAGAAGCCUUUUUGGGGGCUUGGAAAAGAUUCUGAGCGAGAUCUCAUCCAAACCACUCCGGGAAUCGUAUUUUAUUUUUUAUUUUAUUUUUCAUUUUUUUAAAAGGACCCACUCCGUGCCUUUUUUUUGCUGGGGUUUGUCCCCUCGCGCUCCUUUCGGCGUACGGUGCAUGCAAGGAAAAAAAAGUUUGCUGGAGAAUGACGAAUCGGCCUUUUCAUUGAGAAAAAGAAAAGGGGGAAGAAGAAGGGGGGAAAAAAAGGAGACAAGGAGAUCGCGAAGGGGGACAAACAUCCUCGCCGGAUCGGGAAAGAAAAGGGCGGUUUUUUUGUUUUUUGUUUUUCUUCUUGAAAAAAGAAAAGAAAUCCGUCGAUUGUGGUGCAGCGGCGUGUGGCUGUCUGGCUUACGACUUGUUAUUUUUUCCCCCUUUGGAGAAGAGAAGAGUGAAAGCAGAGAGAGAGAAAAUCUUCCCAAAUUUGCAGUGGAUUUUUUUUUUCUCCCUUCCUCGGUCUAACACGCAAAACAUUUCGAUGAUUUUUGCUCACAACCUGGACUCGAAGAUUUCAGAUGUGUUCUAAGCUUCCUGCAGUGAUAGCUGUUCAGGAUACUGAUGGAGACGAGAGCUCAGAAUGGCAGUGGGUUACAACCCUUGCUUCAAGGCCAGCAUGACACCGGGAGACAAUUUGGAGACUCUGACCUAAGGGAUGUCCUAGCACAACAAGUUCACGUCUUGUCCUUGGACCAAAUCAAGGCUAUCCGGAACACGAAUGAAUACACCGAACCUCCUACGGUAGCUCCCCGACCAGGACUGAAGCCAGCCCCACGCCCGGCGGUCCAGCAUAAGAGCGAAAGACCGCACGACUUGACGGAGCAACGCCAUCUGAACAGGCUUCCCCAUCCCCAGGUCCAUGUUUCUUCUCGACUCCCGCUCUCCCGUUCCAUCAGCACGGUCAGCAGCACUAGCUCGCGCGGUAGCACAAGGACAAGUACGAGUAGCAAUUCGUCAGAACACAGGCUUCUGGGGUCAUCAUCCUUGGGGACAGUGGUCGAGGGGAUAAUACGAGUACAGCCGAAAUCGGAACUGAAGUCUCGGGAGCUGAAACCCGCCAGCAAAGAAAACUUGCAUAUGCACGCCUACCGCUGUGAGGACUGUGGGAAGUGUAAGUGUAAGGAAUGCACUUAUCCGCGGACUCUUCCAUCCUGUUGGAUCUGUGACAAGCAAUGUCUUUGCUCGGCCCAGAACAUGGUAGAUUACGGGACCUGUGUCUGCUGCGUGAAGUGUCUUUUCUACCACUGCUCCAAUGACGACGAGGACAACUGCGCCGACAACCCCUGUUCGUGUAGCCAGGCCCACUGUUGCACUCGGUGGUCCACCAUAGGCGUUGUGUCCCUCGUUUUGCCUUGCUUGUGGUGUUACCUGCCAGCCAAGGGUUGCCUUAAAUUGUGCCAGGGCUGUUACGACCAAGUCAACAGGCCAGGUUGUCGCUGUAAACAAUCCAACACGGUUUGCUGUAAAGUUCCCAAAGUCCCACCCAGGAAUAUUGACAAGCCAACAUAGCAUCACUAAUUGGGUAACCAGGAGGACGACACAACGCCAACUAAGUGAUCUGUAAUGGUGGCGUGGUUUCUUGGUGGUGUGCAAGAGCAGGAAUGAGAAAAAGAUCCAACCUCGUGGAGACCCUUCUUUAGAAUCCGCCCAGGGGAGAUCCAGAGUGGGAAUAACGCUUGGUAGCACCUAAAAGUAUUUUAUAAGCUAAGAGACUUGAACUACUUCUAAGCAAACUCGCGUGUUGUGCGUUUGUGUGUGUGUGUUUUUUUAAAGGAAUUAGUACACUUGUAAAUUAGGAAAACUACUUCAACCCACUCCCAGUUAUUUUCUGCCAGAGAUGUACUAUAUUUUUGUACAUAGGAUAUUUUCAACUGUGAAAACACAAGUGUCAUAGAAGCAGCUAUGGCACACAAGUCACAAAAUAUUAUACUAAUAUGUUGUACAUUCAAAAGAAUGUGAAUCAAUGCAUAUGGUUUAGAUUGUUUUUUUUUUGCCUUCAAUGGCAAGACUCUGAUUUUUUUUCCCCUUUUGGACAGUUGCAGUAAAAUGGAGUCUUUAUUUUCUAAUUUUUUUUCCCAAUAUAUUGUCUAGUGUAAAGAAUAUUUAUUUGAAGUUUUAUUAUUUUAUAAAAAAAAUAAAUAUUUAUUUUAAGAGGCAUCUUACAAAUUUCACCCCUUUUUAAUGAGGAUGCCACCAUUGCUGCAAA